AUGUAUGUCACUAGAAUACUGAGAUUUGCAUCAGGCACUGUAAAUAAACUACUUGUCACUUUAGCUACUCCAUAUGAGUCGUGCCUAAACUCUGUUACAGCCAAGUCUGUGACUUUACCCGGUCAAGAAGGCUACUUCACACUCACCGCAGGGCACUGUCCAUUGAUAUCGCAGCUAAAACCUGGAGUAGCCACUGUAGUUACAGAAACGGGAGAUCAAAAGUUUUUCAUAUCAGGAGGUUUCGCCUUUUACAAAGCUAACAUGUUUGGCGAUGAAGGCUGUACGGCACAUAUUUCAACAUUAGAAGCCGUAUCACUUGAUAAGUUGGAUAAAGAACGCGCUGUUCAGACUAUGCAAGAACUAUUGGAGGGUUGUCAAAAGGAUAAAUGGUCGAAGGUCAAAUCACACUUGGGACACGAGCUUUGUUCUGCAGUUAUCAAGGCCGCCAGCAAUUAA